UCCCGCGCUGCGCUCCGGCGGUUGAGGCGGAGGCUCGGGUUUCGAGCAUGCUGCGCAAGCUUACCCUCGACCAGAUCAACGACUGGUUCACCAUCGGCAAGACCGUGACGAAUGUGGAGCUGCUGGGCUUGCCGCCUGCCUUUCCGGCCGAGGCGGCCAGGGACGAGGCGCAGGGCAAGGAUGUGGCCCCCGGCGCCAGCCCCGAGGCCCAGGCCCUGGCCCCUGCUCCGGCCGGGGUUCCGGCUCCCGCCCCUGCUCCCGUCCAGCCAGUCCCAGGGCUGGGGAGGUCACCUGGCCAGAGGAGCUCAGAAAUGGACUAUAUUAACAAGUACAGGCAACUUGAAGCACAAGAACUUGCCACGUAUCGUGGUAGUGACCGCCCAGCUAGCGAACCAGGUCAGAGGCCCCCUUUGGCUAAAUUAAGCAACGCGACGUGCAUCCCAGAGGCAACGUACAAAUACCCUGAUUUGCCCAUCAAUCGAUGUAAGGAAGAGAUCAUUUCUUUGAUAGAAAGUAAUUCUGUGGUCAUUAUACACGGGGCCACAGGGAGUGGUAAAAGUACUCAACUCCCGCAGUAUGUCUUGGAUCAUUGCACUCAACACUCCACCUAUUGCAACAUUGUGGUCACCCAGCCACGGAAGAUCGGGGCCAGCAGCAUCGCCAGGUGGAUCAGUAAAGAGCGCUCCUGGACUCUGGGUGGCUUGGUGGGCUAUCAGGUAGGGCUAGAGAAAAUAGCAACCGAAGAUACUAAGUUAAUUUAUAUGACAACUGGAGUCCUGCUUCAAAAAAUAGUCAGUGCCAAGAGUCUGAUGGAGUUCACGCACGUCAUCAUCGACGAGGUUCAUGAGCGAACUGAAGAAAUGGAUUUUCUGCUGUUGGUUGUCCGCAAACUUCUAAGAACAAACUCACGUUUUGUGAAGGUGAUCCUGAUGUCAGCUACCAUCAGCUGUAAAGAGUUUGCAGACUACUUUGCCGUUCCUGUCCAGGACAAGAUGAGCCCUGCGUACAUCUUUGAAGUGGAAGGCAAGCCCCACUCAAUUGAAGAGUAUUACCUCGAUGACUUGGGCCACAUUCAUCACAGCAGGCUUCCUCCUCAUCUCCGGGAAGAACCAAUGAUAACCAAGGACAUAUAUGAAGUUGCUGUCUCCCUAAUUCAGAUGUUCGAUGAGUUAGAUAUGAAGGAGAGUGGGAGCAGGACCUGGUCGGCUGCCCAGUUCGUGGCGGAGCGGAGCAGCGUGUUGGUGUUCCUGCCAGGCCUGGGUGAAAUAAACUACAUGCAUGAACUUCUAACAAAUAUGGUCCACAAAAGGUUACAGGUCUACCCGCUGCACUCGAGCGUGACCCUCGAGGAGCAGAACAACGUGUUCCUGAGCCCGGUCCCUGGGUACAGAAAGAUCAUUCUGUCCACCAACAUCGCAGAGAGCUCUGUCACAGUCCCCGACGUCAAAUACGUUAUAGAUUUUUGUUUGACCAGAACACUGGUUUGUGAUGAAGAUACGAAUUACCAAAGUCUGCGGCUUAGUUGGGCCUCUAAAACCAGCUGUAACCAGAGAAAAGGUCGCGCUGGACGAGUGUCUAAAGGAUUCUGUUACAGACUGAUCCGCAGGGAUUUCUGGGACAGCUCUAUCCCCGACCACGUUGUUCCCGAGAUGCUGCGCUGUCCGUUAGGGAGCACAAUACUGAAAGUGAAGCUACUUGACAUGGGGGAGCCAAGAGCUUUGCUGGCCACUGCCCUUUCCCCGCCUAGUCUGAGCGACAUCGAACGUACCAUCCUUCUACUAAAGGAGGUUGGAGCCCUUGCAGUGAGUGGGCAGAGAGAAGAGGAAAACCCACACGAUGGUGAGCUGACCUUCUUAGGAAGGGUGUUAGCCCAGCUUCCUGUCAGCCAGCAGCUUGGCAAGCUCAUCGUCCUGGGGCACGUGUUUGGCUGUCUAGACGAGUGUCUUAUCAUAGCGGCUGCUCUUUCUUUGAAGAAUUUUUUUGCGAUACCAUUUAGACAGCAUCUUGAUGGAUAUAGGAACAAAGUGAAUUUCUCUGGCAAUAGUAAGAGUGACUGUAUCGCACUUGUGGAGGCCUUUAAAACGUGGCAGGCUUGCAGACAGAGAGGAGAGCUGCGGCACCCAAAGGAUGAACUUGACUGGGGACGGUUACAUUACAUUCAGAUCAAGAGAAUUAGAGAGGUGGCUGAGCUGUACGAAGAGCUGAAGACCCGAAUCUUGCAGUUCAACAUGUGUGUGGACUCCCGGCGGCCCGUGCUUGACCCCGAGUACACAUACAAGCAGCGCUUCAUUCUGCAGGUUGUGCUGGCGGGCGCCUUUUACCCAAACUACUUUACUUUUGGACAGCCUGAUGAAGAGAUGGCAGUGAGGGAGCUGGCCGGCAAAGACCCGAAGACAACCAUCGUGUUGAAGCACAUUCCUCCCUAUGGCUUCCUUUACUAUAAACAGCUCCAGUCUCUCUUUCGGCAGUGUGGUCAAGUCAGAUCCAUUGUGUUUGAUGGCACGAAAGCUUUCGUGGAGUUUUCACGGAAUCCAACAGAGAGAUUUAGGACUCUUCCUGCAGUGUACAUGGCCAUAAAGAUGUCUCAGCUCAAAGUCUCACUGGAGCUCAGCAUUCAUUCCGCGGAGGAAAUUGAAGGGAAGGUGCAAGGAGGGACUGUCUCAAAACUCAGGAACACGAGAGUGAAUGUGGACUUCCAGAAGCAGACAGUCGGCCCCGUGCCCGUCUCAGGUAGCACGGUGGACGGGCCCCAGGCCGCGCCAGAGCUGCUUUUGACCAUUGACGUCACAGAGGUGGUUGAAGUAGGACACUUUUGGGGAUAUAGGAUUGAUGAAAAAAAUGCAGAGAUUCUGAGAAAGCUUACGGCUGAAAUCAACCGCCUGAAGCUGGUGCCCUUGUCUGCUCACCCGCACCCAGACCUGGUCUGUCUGGCCCCGUUUGCGGACUUGGACAAAGAAAGCUACUUCAGGGCUCAGAUCCUCUAUGUCUCCGGAAGUUCUGCUGAGGUGUUCUUUGUAGACUACGGUAAUCGGUCUCAUGUGGACCUACACCUCUUAAUGGAGAUCCCCUGCCGGUUUCUGGAACUUCCGUUUCAGGCUUUGGAAUUUAGGAUCUGCAAGAUGCGGCCCUCGGCCAAGUCUCUGGUUUGCGGUGAGCCCUGGAGUGGCGGGGCCGGCUGGCGGUUCGCCUCCCUGGUGAGUGGCUGUGCGCUCCUGGUCAGGGUCUUCUCUGUGGUGCACAACGUCCUGCACGUAGACGUGUACCGCUGCUCGGGGCUGCAGGCCGCCCUCGACAUCAGAGACGUGCUGGUCCAGGAGGGCUAUGCCGAGCUCGCGGAGGAGUCCUACGAGUCCAAGCAAAGCCACGCAGUUCUCAAGGGUCUCUUUUCCAAAUCAGUAGCAAACACGACAGGUGGGUUUGUGCCGUCCCCCGUGAAAGACGACGAGAAGUUUCUGAUCCGGAUUCUGCUAGAGAGCUUUUCUUCUAACAAGCUGGGUACCCCAAAUUGCAAGGCCGUGCUCCACGGGCCCUUCAACCCCUACGAGCUGAAGUGCCACAGCCUGACCCGGAUCUCCAAGUUCAGGUGCGUCUGGAUCGAGAAGGAGAGCGUCAACUCUGUCGUCAUCAGCGACGCCCCUGCAGACCUGCACCAGAGGAUGCUGGUGGCCGCGUCCUUGUCCAUGAACGCCACCGGCUCCACCAUGCUGCUGAGGGAGACCUCCCUGAUGCCACACAUCCCCGGCCUCCCGGCCCUGCUCAGUAUGCUGUUCACGCCCGUCAUGGAGCUCAGGGUGGACGGGGACGGGAAAUGCUACACUGGAGUCCUCUGUGGCUUGGGAUGGAACCCCACCACAGGGGCCCCCAUCCUGCCAGAGCACGACAUUGAGCUAGCGUUUGAUGUUCAGUUCACCGUCGAAGACAUCGUGGAGAUUAAUAUUCUCAGGGCGACCAUGAACAAGCUAGUGUGUGAUGGACCAGACGGCUCCAAGCACCUGUGGCCAGAGAGAAGCGCGCAGCUACAGGACAGCGCCCGGCAGAAGCUGCUCGGUUUGUUUUGUCAGUCGAAGCCAAGAGAGAAGAUUGUUCCCAAGUGGCACGAGAAGCCCUAUGAGUGGAAUCAGGUGGAUCCCAAACUGGUGAUGGAGCAGGCGGACCGCGAAGGCGGCAGGCGGGGCGGCUCCCUAUACCAGCCCCACAAACUGAUCGUGCUGAGCUCCUGAGUGCACAGAGGGCCGGCCUCUGCCUGGGCGCGUUCCGCCUGCCCACGUUGUCUCUGCCCUGUUCCUCUUCCCUCCGGGUGAUGGUGGGAGAGUGGCAUUUUGUCCAGGUGGGAAGGAUUGGAAGUUUUCUUUGAGAAAAAAUUGUUCUGAAAAAGUCUUUGUUUGGAAAAAGAUCUGUAUUUUGCUCGACGUCUAUCGGGGUGAUGUAAGCAGCUGGUCCUCCGGCUGAGGUUCCAGAAGGCACUUGUUCGCUCAGCUCUGUGACGUGGCUUAACCUGGAGUACAGGGAGACCAGGACUCCGGUUACACCAGGAAAUCUGUGCCUGCUGCUGCUGCUGUUUAAACAACCUGUGGAAUUUUCUGAUUUUGUUUUCCUUGAUGGAAAAAGUCUAAUUUUGGUAAAACUAACUUUCAGUUUUGUAUGUUUUAAGUUUUUAAUUAAGUUACAAUUCUUGGUCCACACUUUGGAAAUCAGAAGCGUUACUUGGGAACUAAUUUAUCUGUGUUAAAACAAUAAAAGCAUC